UUGUUUUUUUUUCGUCAAUUUUUCUACUUUUCUACUGAUUAAAAGUGAUUAGCGCGAUUACCUGGCUUCGCUUCGCUGGCAAGUUGAAAUUGACAUGCAGUAGGUACGUAGAUACCUUUACGUAGAUGGAUGCAGAACACUGAAUAGCGUGUGCAGAAUUUGAGCCAAAUACCUUCGGUAUAAAAAAGUACCUAUUUCGGAAUCAUUAUCGUCGGUGUGAUUAUAUACUACAUACGUUUGUGAUAAUUUUGUGAAAUAUUGCGAAUGAAAUUAAAACCGAUGAUACGUCUCGAUCUCGUCGAUUCAUCCGCCGUUGGUUAGUAUCGAGUUUCAAUUUUUGUCGCGUUUUCUCGUACGAAAAUGUACGAAAAACACUGCUGAAAAGUUGACGUCGAACGUUCUCCUUACUGUAUCGUUCCCAUAGCAUAGCAUUGUCGUACAAGUGUCAAGUGUGAAAGACUUUAUACACAUCGUGAUCGAGUCAUGGAGUUGUUAAAUUCUAUAAUCGGUGUUCCGUAUAUGUUUCAUUGUUUGACGGUAAGUGGCGUUCUUCUGGGAGCUAUAUUGUUGUUCGUAUUCGGAUUCAGAUCUGCCGAAGAACCGUCGUUCAACAAAAUUAAGGCCGAUUCGAAGUUGAACGCGAAAAAGAAGAAAGGAAAAGACAAGAAAAGCGCUUCCAGUUCGGGUUCGCCCAAAGCGAACGUCGUCGUUAAAGCGAAAACCACGAAAAGCGACGAUAAAGCGAGAAAAAGCGGAGCUUUGAAAGAUUCCAAAAAUGUCAACAUCGACUCCAGACAAGUCAACGACCAAUCAUUCGCCACCAAGGAAAGGAAGAAGAAAGGCAAAGAAAACGUCGACGUUAAAGUCGACUCGAACGACGAAGAAGCUGGAUGGGAACGAGCGUUAUCGCGUAAAGAUAGAAAAAAUAAAAAAUCGCCAGAGUUCAACGAGGUGUCGAAGCGUAAUCCAAAAGACUCCAAGAAAGAACAUGAGAAUAUGAAGACCAAGACGGCUCAAAAAGAAAAAAAACAGAAAAACAACGAUGGCGAUGAUUUGGGUGCGUGGCAAGAAGCGAAAACGGGUAAAAAACGAAGAAAAGUCCAAAAAGAAGCGUGACAUUCGUUUUUGCUAGCGGUCGCAGAGACGAGCUCGACACGCGAGUACAACAAAUACCGAUGGCGUUGGCAGUCGCAUUAUUACGAAGACCAAUGUACGACUGCCUCGGCGAUGCUAAUGCUGACGCUGAUGCCGAUUUUAUGUAUACUUGGACUUACGUGCGAGCCUGUUGUUACUUUAAUCAUCAUCGCUGUUCUUGGGGUGGAAUUUUACGUUGUGUGCGGCGAAGAAGCUCGUCGUUGUUUUGGUUCUUUUACUUUUAAGUUGUACAAUUGCAGGUAACGUACAACGUACCUGAUACCUACUACGAGUUAUCACAAUAUAGUACGUGAUACGUUUUCGACCAAGUUUACGUGUAUAUGUGUUUGAGUGUGUGAGUGUGCGUGCGUACAGUCGUUACGAUUUCUGUGAUUGUAGGUAGGUAAGGUAUGUAUCUUGUAAAAAUGUGUGUAAAAUGUGCGUAUAUAUUACCUAUUAUAUUUUGUAUUAUGUAUUAUGUGUGUAUCGUGUACUACUAUGUACUAUUUAUGUACGGUAUUACCUAAUAAUACAGACAGCUACCUUAUGACUAGUACGUACUGCGUACUACGUUUCCUAGGGUACUUCAUUUUAAAUAUGUAGCUUAUGCCGAGUGCAAUAGCAAAUAUUUUGUUUUUGUUCGUACGAUGUAGUUCGUGUAAAUACAUAAUUAAUUAUGAUGAUAUUCUACCAAACAAACCCGUAUUAAUUAAAGCUAUUUUGUUGUA